AUGUCUGCUGCCACUUACGAACCAGAAUUCGAACAAGCUUACAACGAAAUUGUCUUGGCUUUAAGAGAUUCCACUCUUUUCCAAAAACAUCCAAAAUACGAAAAAGUGCUUCCAGUGGUCUCUGUUCCUGAAAGAAUCAUCACUUUCAGAGUCACCUGGGAAAACGACCAGGGUGUACAAGAAGUUGCCCAAGGUUACAGAGUGCAAUUCAACUCUGCUAAGGGUCCAUACAAGGGUGGGUUACGUUUCCAUCCAAGUGUGAACUUGUCCAUCUUGAAAUUCUUGGGUUUUGAACAAAUUUUCAAGAAUGCCCUAACCGGGUUAGAUAUGGGUGGUGCUAAAGGUGGGUUAUGUGUAGAUUUGAAGGGUAGAUCCGAUAAUGAAAUUAGAAGAAUUUGUUACGCCUUCAUGAGAGAAUUGAGUAGACAUAUUGGUCAAGAUACUGAUGUCCCAGCUGGUGACAUUGGUGUUGGUGGUCGUGAAAUUGGUUACUUGUUUGGUGCCUACAGAUCUUACAAAAACUCCUGGGAAGGUGUUUUGACUGGUAAGGGUUUGAACUGGGGUGGUUCUUUAAUUAGACCUGAAGCCACUGGUUACGGUGUUGUUUACUUCACCCAAGCCAUGAUUGAUUACGCUACCAAGGGUAAGGAAUCAUUUGUUGGUAAACGUGUUGCCAUUUCUGGUGCUGGUAACGUUGCUCAAUUUGCCGCUUUGAAAGUUAUUGAAUUAGGUGGUACUGUUGUAUCUCUAUCUGAUUCCAAGGGUUGUAUUCUUGCUGAAAACGGUAUUACCGCUGAACAAGUGGCUGCCAUUGCUGAAGCCAAGAUUAAAUUCCAAAGUUUGGAAACUAUUGUUGGCGAGUACUCUGCCUUCACUGAAAACAAGGUUAAAUACGUUGCUGGUGCUAGACCAUGGACCAUUGCUGGUCAAGUGGAUAUUGCUCUACCAUGUGCUACUCAAAAUGAAGUUUCCGGUGAUGAAGCCAAGGGUUUAGUUGCCGCUGGUGUUAAAUUUGUUGCUGAAGGUUCCAACAUGGGUUGUACUCCAGAAGCCAUUGAAGUCUUUGAAACUGCUCGUGCUACUGCCAAAUCUGUUGAAGAAAGUGUUUGGUACGUUGGUGGUAAGAGUUCCAACUUGGGUGGUGUUGGUGUUUCUGGUAUGGAAAUGGCACAAAAUUCUCAAAGAGUCAGAUGGACUAGAGAAAAGGUUGACCAAGAAUUGAAGAAGAUGAUGAUCAAUUGUUUCAACGAUGGUGUCAAGGCUGCCAAGGAAUACGCCGUUGAGUCCAAUGAAAACACUCUACCAUCUUUGUUCAAGGGUGGUAACAUUGCCUCUUUCAUCAAGGUUGCCGACGCCAUGUUGGACCAAGGUGAUGUGUUUUAA